AUGGGCUCCAUCGACGACAGCCACACGCAGGCUGCGCAGACGAAGCCGUUGCCGUUCAAUCUGACUGAGGUGGACCGCCAGGUGCUGGCCUUGACAGACGACGAGUUUGUUUAUCAUGACUGGGACGAACUAAAGGACAUCAUCGGACGAAAUGACCUCGGCGCCCUCCGCCGCGCACCCUCGGAUCUACGCCGCUACAUAGCAUGGACGGACUCGAUAAAGUCCAGCUUCGGCGGCAUUACAAACUACAUCUGCCAGCGGCGGCUCCACUGGACAACGUCCUCCAACCCCGAUAUCGCGUCCAUUCCCUGGGCCAACGCGACCCCCUUUGCCGAUGCCUCAGACUACAAAAUCCUGCGCAACGACUGGCCGUACGGCCUCACGCCGGAUAUCGCGCACAUCGUGGUGUGGUCGAAAACGCCGAUAGCCGCGAAACCCGACACGGGGGAGGCGACGGAUGAGUCGAAGGCGUUGAUUGAGGCCUUUGUGGAUCGCACUUUCGUGCAGCGGUUGCAGAGGGAUCCUGUCUGUGAGGGCAUGGCGAAAGAGGAGGUUAGGAGGGAAAAGGUAUUGUGGUUUAAGAAUUGGACGGCUUUGCAGAGUGUGCGCAGUCUGGAGCAUUUUCACGUCUUGCUUAGAGGCGUCCCCGAUGAUUUGAUUACGGAGUGGACCGAUGAGCGGCGUAUUGUGCAGGAACUUCCUUGA